CUGCAGUUGCUGCUCCACACCAGUUGUUCUCCACACAUCUUCCUCUCUCCACUAACCCAGGCCAGAAGUGGGAGAGGCUCACUCACACACUCUCUCCAACACACUCAGACCUAACACCCCUAUAGAACACACACAGUAGAGCCCAGAGGAACCAAACCAGAGUCUUCGCCCCCUAAACUUCAGCGUCGACCAGUAUGGAGCUUUUCGAGACCAACCCCUACUUCUUCCCCGACCAACGCUUCUACGAAGGGGGGGACAACUUCUACCAGUCCCGGCUGCCGGGUGGGUAUGACCAGGGGGGCUACCAGGAGCGCGGUGGUUCCAUGAUGGGGAUUUGUGGGGGUCUAUCCGGGGGGGUUGGGGUAGGGUUGGGUGGAGGUAUGGAGGACAAGGCAACCCCCUCUGGUCUCUCCCCCCACCCGGAGCCCCACUGCCCCGGCCAGUGCCUACCCUGGGCCUGCAAGCUGUGCAAACGCAAGACUGUGACCAUGGACCGACGGAAAGCGGCCACAAUGCGUGAGAAGAGGAGGCUGAAGAAGGUGAACGAGGCAUUCGAGGCCCUGAAGAGGAGCACCCUGAUGAACCCCAAUCAGAGGCUGCCCAAGGUGGAGAUCCUGAGGAGUGCCAUCCAGUACAUUGAGAGGCUGCAGGCACUCGUAUCCUCCCUCAACCAGCAGGAGACCGACCAGGGAACACAGGGCUUACAAUACCGCACUGGACCUGCUCAACCCAGGAAUACAAGGUUUCAACAGAACAGUUCCAGAACAGAGCCCUCAUCAAACCAUCCCCUAACAACACAGACAGAACAGCACUUUGAGGUGUCGUCGUCGAGUGAGCAGGGAUCAGGCAGCACCUGCUGUAGCAGCCCAGAGUGGAGCAACACCUCAGACCACUGUACCCAGAGCUACAGCAACGAGGACCUCCUGAGUGCAGACUCUCCAGAGCAGACUAACCUGCGCUCUCUGACGUCCAUCGUGGACAGCAUCACAGCAGCAGAGGGGGCUCCGCUGGCCUACCCUGUACCUGUGGACAUUCCCAAAUAAACCCAGAGCAGCAGACAGACAUGUGUGCUGUUAACAGGUCCAAUACAUCACAAAACAGCUUUUUUUUACUCCCUUCCAUGAGGAGGUAGUCACUGAUGGGAUAUAACUGGAUAGGUGAAAGCCAUGCAGCGAAACCUACUGUACAUUCCACCUAUCCAAGCAUGUUAGAUCAGUGACUACUUCAAUGAAGGGAGGAAAGAAGGCCAGGCCCUGUGUGUCCCAGCUAGUUGCAAGCUAGCACUUGGACACCACACAGCACCAUACACACCCACACACCACACAGCACCAUACACACCCACACAGCACCAUACACACCCACACACCACACAGCACCAUACACACCCACACACCACACAGCACCAUACACACCC